AGAUGUAGAUUAGGCAGAUAUUUCUACCAACUCCUUUACUUUUUCUAUAUCUUUACGUUUCCUUUCUAGAUUUCUUUUCAUUAUCAUUUUUCUAGUCUACUUUCACCUUUGCAGCUCAUUUAACUCUCGACAAUCCCAUUUUGAAUUAAUUUUCUAUUUGUUGCCUAGUAAUUUAAUUCGACCUUUUUAAUUUUGCCCACAAUCUUAGAGUUUUUCGCCUUCCAUAUCAUAUCAGUGUAGUCCGUUGAACCGUACACAAUACUUACCAUCUCAAUCAUUCUUUGUGAUAUAUGUAACAGAUAUAAAUAAUAUAUUUUUUGAUUCAUUUAUAGCCUCAGCGCAGCUUCAAAAAUCCUGCGUUGAGUCCGAAUUACCAUUUAAGAUGAUUGAAUUUCUGUAAAAACUAUUUACAGCCAUUUGUGCAUCUUUUUUCCACUAUAUAAAUCACUAGUUGAAGAUAUCAAGAACAUUAGUUUAAACUAAACACUCUUUUAAAAAGCCUCAAUCUUCAGCUCAUCGGCAUGUUCUCUGAAUUUUUUAUCCACUGAUUUCCCUCCAUCCAUCUAUAUAUAUUUCAUCUAAAGAUGCAUGUCAACUUCUUGCUAUCCCCUCACUCCGCCUUUAUGAUUCCACCCUGGCACCGUACAACCGCCUAAACAAAAAAUUUUUGGAGUAGACUUCACCCAAGCGAAGCUGGCUGCACCAUGGGGCGGAGAUGGCAGGUGGCUCCAGACACCACGGUGCAGGUGGUUGAUCCUAUUGGCUGCAAAAAGGACGACAACGCCCCGGCACCGCGCAACUGGGCCAGCAUCAUCAUCGCGCUGUCCAUCAUAUUCUCUGUCCUCCUGCUCGUGCUGAUGGCCGCGCUGCUCAUGGGCCCUCAAGCCCCGCCGUUCUUCGGCCGCCGGAUGGUCAUGGCUGACCUCUUCGACCCAAAACUCAAGCCCAAACCUAUGGCGUAUCAGUGGCUUGCUGAUGAUAAACUGGCGUACAUGUCGGAGGGGGCGGGAGUGAGGCUAAUAGACCUCAGCACCGGCAGCAACUCCACACUAGUGACAGACCUGGCCAUCAGGCAAACUUCCGCUGAUGGUUUCUCCGUCUCUCCCGACCUCCGCUACGUACUGCUUCGUCACGACGUCGUGAUGGGACGUCGGAAUUUGAUCUCUGCGCUGUACAGCAUCUACGAUGUCUACACGCGUCACUACUACCCCUUGACGCUGCCAGACGGGCUCGCGUCCACCCCAUCUGUGCCAGUGCGCCUCCAGCACGCGCAGUGGGUGCCACGCGCUCUUGGGCUUACGCAAAACAGCACGGAAGACAUCGGCAGGUCGCUAGUAGUGGUGUACAACGGCUCCUUGUUGUUCCUUGCGAACCCUUCCGCCGCACCCGUCAACCUCACCCCAGAUGCUAGCCUCGGUGUCCUCACCUACGGACAGCCUGAUCUGCUGUACGAAGAGCUCCUGGAGGAGGGCACUGCGGUCUGGCCGAGCCCCGAGGGCGCCUCGCUCCUGGUGGGGGCCUUUGACGACUCCCGCGUGCGGACGCUGCCGGUGCUGCGGUAUGAGGGCGGCUUCCCUCACCUUCAUACCCUCAGAUAUCCCACAGUGGGGACGGAGCUGCCAGAGGUGCUGCUGUGGCUGUACGACCUCUCGUCCGUCCACUUGCCGCCCACUCGCUACAGGCUCCUGCCGCCGCCCUCCUUCAGGAGCUCGGGCCACUACCUGCUGGGGUGCGGGUGGGCGCAGGAGGACCGCGUGUGGGCCUCGUGGGUCACCGGGGACCUCAGCUCCUCCGCCCUCACCCUCUGCAGCGCCCCCUUCUGGUUCUGCUCCACGGUGCGUGCUGCUCCAUGGUGCGUGGUGCUCCAUGGUGCGUGGUGCUCCACGGUGCGUGCUGCUCCACGGUUCUCCAUGGUGCGCGGUGCUCCACUUUAUAGUUCUGCUCCGCG